CAGUGUUCGCAUCACUUCCUCGUUCUGUUAUCAGGUAGUCAGUCUUUCGCCACAAUGUCUUUUAUUAGUGUUUAAAAACGAUCCACAAACUUCCCAAAACAUGGCGUGCGUGGACUCGGAGGUGAACUUAUGGAGCAUUCCUCUGGUCGCCCUGAAUGUAACGCUGAGGAAGAAGCUGGGUCUGUAUCUGAACCCGAAGAACACGGUGGCUGCGGACUGGACCGCUGUAGCGGAGGCCAUGGGCUUCACUUACCUGGAGAUAAAGAACCAUGAGGCGGCCAGAAGUCCUGCUGAGUCGGUCCUGGAGAACUGGCAGGCCCGGAGCUCAGAGGCCUCCGUGGGGAAGCUGCUGUCCGUCCUGACCAAGGUGGAGAGGAAGGACGUGGUGGAGGACCUGAGACCCCUGAUAGAUGAGGACGUGAGGAGGUAUUGUGAGAGACAGAAGAAGCUGUCCGAGCCCCCCAUCCAGGUCCCUGAGGUGGACAGCUGUGUCCCCCGCACCCCCGAGAAGAUCGGCAUCACCCUGUACGACGACCCCGAAGGACUUCCGGAGCUGUUCGACGCCUUCAUCUGCUACUGCCAGAGCGACUUUGAGUUUGUGCACGAGAUGAUCCGCGAGCUGGAGCAGACGGAGUGUCGUCUGAAGCUGUGUGUGUUCGACAGAGACGUGCUGCCGGGGUCGUGUGNCUGUAGCUAUGCACACAUUACAGUAAAAGCCUUGAGUCUUUAA